AUGUCUUCAUCAUUUGAGCCCUCACUCUCAACGAGUGGCAUGCGCCCACCACUCGCGUCCGCCGACGCGCCCUCCAUGGCCGACUCACUUCCAAGCAUUAAUUUCGGGUUCGAGGAUUUGCGCAGUCGGAUGGCCCAGUUCACUGCGCGAUUCGAUGCGUUUAUCGAGCGCGGGAGGAAACAAGUUCUCGAAGAACGGAAUCAGUUCAAAAUCGGUCUCGCUGAACUCCAAGAGGACCAACGUAUGAAGCAACGCGACAUCGAAAUCCUCAACCUGAAGACACAAACCCACGAACAAACCCUCCAGAAGGAAGCCGCCGAAGCCGCCGAAAUGCAUGCCGCCAUCUCAUCCGUGACGAUGGAACGCGACGCCCGCCUCGCCAAACGUGACCGUCUCAAGCAGCAAAUCGACGAAACACAAAAGGCCAUCAACCAGAAGCUCGAAGCUCAGAAAGCGCAUGCUCGACACUUGGACGCACAGUCUCGUCUCAACUUCCCGGAACUGGAGUUUUGGCAAGACUACCUGUGUCUGCGGAUUGAGGGGGCGGGAAGAGAGGACCGCUUGAAGUUUGUGUACAGUCAUCUGUUGGAGAAGGACUGGGAGGCUGAGGCAUGGUUUGAACUGGGGACGUCUAGUCGCGACUACGAUGUCUUUCAUACCAAGCCCAAGGUUGAUAGGGGUGCUCUGGAGCGAGAGCUAGAUGCUUUGAACGAGGACAGGGAUUUCGGCGCAUUCCUCAAAAGGAUGCGCAGGUUGUUCGUGGAGACUAUGAAAUGA